AAAAAGCUCGAAGCGUCAGUGGCAGUUUGGUUAUACACCUGCAUUGAAAAUCUACAUUUUCUAUCGACAUCAAGACUCGUCGCCGAAAAGGAGAAAUCGACACCAGCAGUCAAUACCGCAGUCAUGGGUCCUUCAUUAAACAACCACUCUUCAUUCGUCCGACCCCGUACCGGAGACCGUGAUGGUCGCCCGGGUACACGGGAUCAGACUGAUCAAAACCUGAUAAUUCCAAGCAGAACAUCUUCUCUGCAUUCCCGAAUUACCCAGCCAAUUCCAUCCACGUUGAAUGUCAAGCCUCAACAGCGGACACCAAAAACACUCACACACGCUUAUAUGGUAUGCGGUGUUGGGCGUGAACCAUCGCAAUGGGUUAAGGCACCGGCUCCCGCACAAGGAAAGAUUGGACACAUGAAGGGGGCCGUUGGACAAUUCUGGUUGCCAGAAAUACUGGGUAGCAGUCCAAGAUUAGAACAGGAUAACGAGAUUGCCAGGGCUUUGCAUUCAGCAAUGAGGGCCUGCUUUCCUCACGAUGUAGAGAUCUGCACUGGACGCAGUCAACCGCACUGCGUGCACCACUCUUUCGUUCUCCAACAAGAUUCUUCACACACCCUUUACGGCAUCGCUCUUCGAGUUUGGUCGAGAGCUGAUGAGAAGCGCGCCGAGACUAUUCGCGACCUCAGAAAACGAACAGAAACAGACUUCUACGAUUCCGCUGACGAGACCUAUUGGAUUCCGUACUGCUUGUCUUUCCUUUCCAGAUAUCCUCUUUAUGAUCUUUUGGGUGAUUAUCUGCGAGGGAUGUGGAUUCACUGGAAUAAGGCCACCAACCUUUUCCACGCCGAAGAGGUCUCCCGUAUUUUGAGCUUUCCAGCGCCAAGGCUCAAUGAUCUGGUACGAAUUGAUAUGAAGGACUAUGCUCUUUGCUACCAAUUCCCUUCAAGCCCAACAGGAUUCCAGAACUUCGCCAUGUGGCCAUUGUUCUCCUGCUUGUCCAUCCCCAAUAUCGUUGGUGUAAUUGAGGCGGCUCUCUCGCCAACUCGUCGCAUCAUUUUCGUCAGUCACUACCCUGCCAUGCUCACAGUAGCAGCCGAGACAAUCCGCUACUGUGUUCGUGUUUACGAAUGGAGUGGCCUGUAUGUUCCCGUUGUGCAUGCGAGACAUGCAAAGGAACUCGUACAAGAGCCGGGCCCAUACAUACUUGGUAUCACUGCUGAAUGCCGAAGUCUUUUCACCGCUCCCACGGAUGCCUUGGUUGUGGAUUUGGACCGUAACUUCGUUCUUACUUCUAGCCCGCCCACCGCACUCACUCCAGGCCAGCGCACCAAGAUGGUUAGUAGAAUGACACAGGCACUUAACGGAGAUGUGACACCAUCCGGUGUUCCACAACACUUGCGAUCGGCGUAUGGUGGCGGAAAACUGGUCCCUGCAGGUCAAAUAAUCGUGAUGAGAGGUGAAGUUGAGUCAAUUCAGGACCCUGAAUGGUGGAACCAGGAUUCUCUCAUGGCUGUCAUGGAUCAUGUUUGUGAAAAAAUGGGGAGAAACACCGGCAUGAAAGCUGUUUUUGGCGGGGCUGUGAAGAAGCCACUCAUGACCAAGGUUUCUAUGAGACAUUUGAAUGAAAUUGUUCGAGAGCGAAAUCAAUACUCCAGGGAUGCUCUGGAAGCCUGGCAAGAUUUCAUUAACCUCAAGGGCCGCAUGGACACAGAACUCGGCAAGGUCUCCAAGAGGAAUAAUUUCCUUGUCGAGGAACUCGAGAGCUGGAAACAACAAUUCCUCAAAUUCCAAGCUUUCGCUGAACAGCUGACCAAGGAGACUCAAGAUCUUAAGGUCAAGAUCGAGAACCACAAGCGUGAAAACAGACGCCUUAAUGUCCUCAUUGAUCAACAAAAGGAUGAUUCGGCGCGCCUCACCACACGUCUCUCUGGCACAGAGAAGCAGCGUGACGAUGCCCUCGAAGCAUUGGUUCUCCAGCAAGAGAUUGCCGAGGAACUUGAGCGCGAGCGCAAACGCAACAAGAAGGAGCUUUCUGCGCUGCAGCACACCAACGGUACUAUUCUUCGCCAACGCGAUGAAGCACAGCGUGUUGUUCUCCAUCUCCGCAGCUUGAUUGGUGGUCAAGCUCACCACAUGGAGCACCUGGUUCAGACUCUCGGAAAGAGCCCAGACUUGGCCGAGUACAUUGAGGGCGGCUACGAUGACGAUGACCUGGAGGAUAUUGCCGAGAAGCCCGAGGCUGAGGAAAAUGGAAUCGUCGGUGGUUAUGAUUCACGUGCUUCGUCGCGCGUAUCAAACAGAUACAGCAAGACCAGCGAGGACAUGGCCCCAGAAUUGGAGACCAGACUCAGAAAUGGUCUUCGAAACAGCAAGCGAUACAGUCAGAUGAGUAUCGUUGAUGUCGCUGAUCGUCACCUGAGGGAUAAGACCGAUGCCAUCGCCCACAUCAUCCGGAACAUCAGCGAUCAAUGCGCUGCUGCUGUCGAGGGUCUACAGCUUGCCCACGAUGCCGAUGCCGAGGCCGAAGAGAUCGCCUUGAACCAAAAACGUAGCUAUCGUGCAAGUAACUUAUCAACAGCAGCCAGCGAGGACGGACACUCAGCUCAGGGCUCAGACAUGGGCGACGACAGUCUCCUGGCUCCAAGCGGGCGUGCGUCCAGCAUCCCCCCCACUCCAGAUCUCAUCCACAACCGUUCAAGCACGGCGAUGUCCAUCGCCAGCUCAACCACCACUCCUGAACGGAGUAGUCAGCAAUACAACAUCGGCACCGACAUCCCAACGAAGAUCGUUGAGGAUAGUGAUGAGGAAAUCGAGGGACGGAGCGAGUGUGAAUCGGAGAUCACUACCAAGGGUGGCCUGAUUCACAGACCAGCUGGUGCUCGCAUCUCUGCUCUGGGCGGACACUAG